AUGUUCAAAGCAGCUGCUCCUGGCUGCGAGUGUGCUCGGCCUGUCUUCGCAGCGGCGCAUCCCCAACACACUCCGAGCUAUCCGUCCGAACACGACGUCAUCCGAGAGGUGUUUGACCAGCCCGACCGCGCAUCCAAGUGGUUCUCCUCGACGAGUCCCGCCGCGCGACUGCGACCGACCGGCAAGAGUGCCGGGCUCUUCAAGAACCGGUACCUGACGCGCCCGGAAGGGUUCCAAGUGUUUGCCUACCACAACCUCCAGAGAGCCUCGCAGCUCGUGGACAGGAUCCUCCAUGCCUCGACCGUCGACGAGUACCGCCAGGUUGUGCGCAACCUCGACCGGCUCAGCGAUCUCCUAUGCCGGGCCGCCGCCAGCGACGCCUGGGGCAUAGUCUACCAGUACAUGAACCAGCUCAACACCACCACCGGGCUCAACGACCAGCUGUGCAAGGCCAUGGACAACCCAGACGUCACUUCGGCCUGGUCCGAGGAGGAGGCCAUCGUGGCCAAGACGCUGCGCAUCGACUUUGAAAACGAGGUCGGCACCGAGUUUGUCGGCACCAUGGCGCCGGAAAAGUACACGGUGCAGCUGCCCGCCGCCAAGUUUACCGGCCUACGGCCCGACAUACUCGCGGCGCACACCCGCGGCAGCUACGUCCGCCUCGGCGCCGUCGGCGGUGCCACCACGAGCGCCUUGCGGACCGUGCUGGACGAAGACGUGAGAAAGGCCCUCUACCUCGCCUCCAACACCGCGUCCCGCCGGACCGUCGGCCUGCUUGAGGAGAUGCUGAGGCUGCGCGCCGAGUUGGCGGCCCUCACGGGCUUCGAGAGCUUCGCGCACCAAAACAUGAAGGACCGCGUCAUGGCCAAGACCCCCGCCGCGGUGGUUCGCUUCCUCGAGGCCCUGCAAAAGCACAAUGCGCCCAUCGUGCAGCAAGAAGUAGCAGACCUCCUGCAGGUGAAAAAGGCCCGCCUCGGCGCCCACCACACCCAGCUCUUCGCCUGGGACCGCGAGUUCUGCGCGCAAACCGGCCUGUCGAUCCUGUACAGCCGCCUGUACGGCAUCCGCCUCGUCCCGCGGGAAACCCUCCCCGGCGAGGUCUGGCACCCGGACGUCCGCCGCCUCGACGUCGUCUCCGACAAGGGCGCCCUCCUCGCCGUUCUCUACUGCGACCUCUUUUACCGCGAGGCCAAGUCCCAAAACCCGGCCCACUACACGAUCCGCUGCUCCCGGGACAUCCUCGACGGCGAGAUCGAAGAGGUCGCGCUGGACGCCGGCCGCGAAGGUUUACCCAAGUUCGACUCGGCCGAGAUGGCCGCCAACGACGGCAUGGAAGCGGUGCGCGAGGGCGGCGUGCUCAAGCAGCUCCCCACCAUCGCCCUCACGCUCUUCCACGAAAUGGGCCACGCCGUGCACUCCUUCCUCGCGCGCACCUCCUUCCAGACCGUCGCCGGCACCCGCUGCGCCACCGACCUCGCCGAGCUCCCCUCCACCCUCAUGGAGCACUUCGCCGUCGACCCCACCGUCCUCGGCCUCUUUGCCCGCCACUGGAAGUCGGGCGAACCCGUGCCCUACGACCGCGUCGCCGCCCGCGUCCGCGCCUCCAAGCGCUUCGAGGGCCUCCAGACCGAGCGCCAAAUUAUACUCGCCAUGGCCGACCAGGCCCUCCACUCCCCGCCGCCCGCGACCCGACCUUUAGCUCCACCGCCGCCUACCACCGCAUCCAGGCCGACCUCGCCGCCGGGAGAAUGGCGAGUGGCUCAAGGAAAACUCCUCCGCUGGGGCGGCAGCCGCGAUCCCUGGCGCUGCCUCGCAGACACCCUCUCCGACGAGAGGAUCGCGGCCGGUGACGAAAAGGCAAUGGCUAUCGUGGGGAGCUGGGGCAUCAAGGACGAGUUCCGCCCCUAG